AUGAAAUUACUACGGAAAUUAAAGAAAAAUAAAAACGUCAUUGAAAGUAUUGAGGAUGUCGAAAUGGUGUGGUUUAAUGUGAAAAUAUUAAAAUUUUGGGCCGUUCUUAUUGAUGACAACUGGCGUCAAUACUUCUCGUAUAUACCCUUAUUCUUCUUAAUUUUAUUGCAAUUGCUGGAUUUACAUUAUACCGAAAAACCGAUCGCCGAUAAGAUUCAUGACACGUAUAUGACAAUGUUAAUGUUCAAUACUUUCCUGCGGACAAAAAUAAUGGUUACAAAACGUCAUAAAUUUACUCAAAUACUGGAAUAUAUAAAGGACGUUUAUACGGAAUUGAUGAUGAGAGAUGAUUUGGAAAUACGGCGUAUCCUGAAGGAGCAUACUGAAUUGGUUUUGAAGGUUUCAAAAAUAUAUCUUAUAGUUGGUAUAUUGACUGGUGUGGGAUUUUCAGUGUUUCCUAUUAUGUCCGACAAGAGAGAAUUUAUUUUUGGCGUCUACGUUCCAUAUCUGGAUGAAUAUCAAAGCCCUUGUUAUGAAAUAUUACUGACGAUCCAAUGCGCCUUAAAUCUCUAUGCUUUGUGUACGUUUAUACCCUUUACUGGGAUGUUUGUAUCGUUUAUAAUUUUCGCCAUUGCCAUAUCGAAAAUAUUACAAUAUAAAUUGAGUACAAUAUCCCAAGAGAUUUCGUCGCAAUUAGUACAAAAGAAAAUUAUUAAGUGUAUAAAUUUACACCUGAAACUAAUAAGGUUUGUCAAUAAUAUAAACGAGCGAAAUUUUACAAUAUCGUUGGUGGAUUUAAUAUUAUUUGUUGUCGUAUUAUGUAUCAUGCUGCUAUCAUUGAUAUUGGUCAAUACGGUGCUACAAAAAUGCAUUAUAAUAAUUUAUAUUAUUACUAUAUUUUCGCAACCAUUUAUUUUACAUUAUUUUUCGAAUGAAGUGUAUUAUGAAAGUUUGGAAAUAUCAACGGCUGCUUAUAAUGUUAAUUGGUACAAUUUCGAUAUUGAAACUCAAAAGAUGUUGAAGAUUUUUCUCCUUAGAUCUCAGAAGCCAUGUGCA